AUGAUGGGAUUCAAGAAAGUGUACAACGUGUUGCUGGAGAUUUUCCCUGAGGUUGAUUCUAGAGCUCUUAGGGCUGUGGCUAUUGAGCACCAGAAAGAUGCUGAUGCGGCUGUUGAGGUUGUCUUAACUGAGGUCAUUCCUUUCUUGGCAGAAAGGUCUGCUAUCAGCGUUUCAUCCAGCAAGAAUAUGGUGACUGCCCAACCACCUAAGGCAACUACAGUCUUUGCUGAUGAACCACCUUCUACGUCCAAUGCCUUCUCUGUUGAUAAUGUGAAAUACCAAGAGGAAGAGCAGCAUGUUCCACUACAUGCUGCCUCUGCUGACCAACAAACCUUUCAUGAUGCGAAGGACGACCUUGAUGAACUAGGCCAGGAGCGUAGACUCAGUGAUAACCUAGAUAAAGAAUGUGAUGAGAGAAGUGGGAAUCUUGAUUCUGGUGAUAAUAUAAACUCUUGCUCCUCAUCUGCUGUAUUGAUACAUGAGAAUGGUGCCAUUGCGGACAACGAUGAAGUAACUGGAGAUGCUGCAUGUGUAGAAUCUGCUGAUGAAGUGUCUCAAGCACGGGAGUCUAUAGAUGGUUGUGAUGUGCUUUCUCAGCUUAAUGUGAAGCCUUUGGAAGAUGAAAAUGUGAACCCCAGUCAGUUGUUAGAUUACUGUCUGGAUGCUAAGGCCAUUCGCGCUGAAAAUUUUGAAGAAGAAAACAGUUUGUUGAAAGAUGAGCAUUCUCUAUUGAUUUCUGAACCUUCUGACUUACCGAUAUCUGAUUUGAACAAAGAAUUUGAUGGUCCAGUGGAUUCUAUGCUCACAACAGAGUCCUCUAUUGAAUUGGUUGAUGUCGUAAGUGAUUCUGGGUUGAACACAGUGGUUACCCGAUCUGGCCAAAUAUGUAAUAUUGAUCUUCUUGAGGAUAUCAUUGCAGAUGCAAGGAACAAUAAGAAAACCUUGCUUUCGGCUGUGGAGAUUGUACUUGACCUGAUGAAGGAUGUGGAAGCCCAAGAGAAAGCUGCAGAAAAAGCUAAAGAAGAUGCUGCCAACAGUGGCGUAGACAUUUUCAAGAGGGUGGAAGAUCUCAAACAAAUGCUUCAACAUGCAAAAGAAGCAAACGACAUGCAUGCAGGAGAAGUAUAUGGUGAGAAGGCUAUACUAGCCACAGAAGUGAAAGAGCUUCAGACCCGUCUGCUCUGCAUAUCCGACGAAAGGGACAGAAGUCUUAAGAUAUUUGAUGAGAUUCGCCAGAAUUUGGAGGAGCGACUAGAUGAAGCUGAGAAUGUGAUAAAGGUUGCGGAGAAAGAGAAACUUGAAAGGGAGGCUGCAGCCUUGACAGCCCUAAAAGAUCAGGAAGUUAUUAUGGAGAAGGUGGUGCAAGAAGCUAAUCUCUUGAAGGAAGAAGCUGAAGCAAAUGCCAAGCUGCGAGAGUUUCUCAUGGACCGUGGCAGAGUUGUUGAUGAACUGCAAGGAGAAAUAUCUGUUAUAUGCACAGAUAUGAGAUUGUUAAAAGAGAAGAUUGAUGAGCGUGUUCCACUCAGCAAGUCUGUCACUUCUAGCGUGAUAUCUAGCUUUGGUGCGAAUAGUGUGUUAUCUCGCUCCGCUGCAAAUAGUGUGAUGUCUGGAGAACAGGCUGAACCAGUCACUAACCACGUUGAUUUAUCAGAAACACUCAAGAAUAUGGAUGACAACUCCAGUUUAGAUGGUCAAUUUGUGGGAGAGGAUGAAACAGCCGACGUUUUUAAGGAUGUCGACAAGGAAUUUAGCGGUGACGGGUGGGAGAUUUUUGAUAGCCUCGAUACUUACAUAGCUUAA